AUGCUCUUACUUCAUGGUUAUCUGCUUACCAGGAAAGAGGAAGUGAGACAAUCUAUGAGGACUCUUUUAGCUCUAGGAGACAUAUAUCACUCACCAAAAAUCAGUGCGUAUUUGUUGUGUGAUAUUACAGGAGAAGGGACGCCGGCCGGUCAGGCCUCGGCGCGGCCCACGUGCUUGGCUAACACGCUCGCUCCCGCUUCCCGCCACACGCCAGCCACCGCGGAGGCCUCGUUCACCAGAGGCCCAGUGCGUCUCACGGAGUUGGAGCUGUACUUCCUCAUCGUGCGGUACCUCUCGGCGGGUCUGUGUUGGAGAGCGGCCCAGGUACUCGUGCAUGAGUUGGAGCAGUACCAAUUGUUGCCGAAGAGGUUGGACUGGGAGGGCAAUGAGCACAACACGAGCUACGAGGAACUGGUCUCGUCCAAUAAGCAUGUGGCUCCUGAUCAUCUGUUGUAUUGCCGGCGCAUUGGUGCUAUGUUGGAUAAAGAAAUUCCACCCAGUAUUUCAAGAGUCACUUCUUUACUUACCGCAGGAAGGCAGUCUUUGCUACGUACAGCGAAAGGUACCUUAAUUUGA